AUGUCCGCCAUUGCGAAAGCGCAAAAAGCCAAGGGCCAAGAGUACCAGGCCGAGGCAGGACGGGCGCUGACGAAAAAGUCGUGGUUUGCCAGCGCGCGUGACCGCAACGUCGAGGACGCCGCGGAAUUGUACCUACAAGCUGCCAACGCCUACAAAGUCGGUGGACUCAAUCAGGAAGCUGGUGACGUCUACAAUGUCGCGGGUGAACUUUAUCGUGACAAGUUAAAGCAAGCCAAUGAAGCGGCCAAGUGCUUUACACAAGCAGGCUCUUGCUAUAAAAAGAGCAAUCCGGUGGAUGCUGUUUCUAGUUAUCAGUCCGCAGUCAGUCUCUUGACGGACGCCGGUCGUUUGACGCAGGCCGCCAAACUGUGCAAGGAAUGUGCCGAGCUAUACGAGUCGGAGGAAGUCGCUGAAGCUGGUGGAAAAUCCAACGUGGUUGCCGCCAUUGAAGCGUACGAACAAGCCGGCGAAUUGUUUGGUAUGGAAGACAGUAAAUCGCAGGCUUCCCAAUGCCGGGCCAAAGUGGCGGAAUUAUGCAGUGCCGCGCUCGAUCCGCCAGAUCUACUGCGGGCGGCAGGAUUGUAUGAUGAACUCGGACGAGCAUGCUUGGACUCGAAUUUGUUAAAGUACAACGCAAAAUCGUACUUUUUGCAAGCCAUCUUGUGUCAUUUGGCCAACGGGGACGCGAUUGGGGCGGAACAAGCCUUGGGCAGAUACGAAGGUGUGGAUUAUACGUUUGCUGAAUCGCGAGAAGGCAAAUUUUGUCGACAACUAGUGGAAUGCGUGGAAGGUUACGAUGCGGAAGCGUUCGCGACGGCGUGCUACGAAUUUGAUCGCAUUUCCAAACUCGAUCCUUGGAAGACUUCCAUGUUGGUAAAGGUCAAGCGCAGUAUUCAGGAUGACGGUGCCGGCGAAGAAGAAGAUGAUGUCGAUCUUACCUAAAGUAUUUAUCUAUGUAGUUUUGGUAUACC